GUGAGAAGAGGGUGCCAGUGAUGCCUGGAUCGCCCGUGGAAGUGAAGAUACAGUCCAGGUCCUCUCCUCCCAACAUGCCACCGCUGCCCCCCGUGAACCCUGGUGGUCCCCGACCGGUGUCCUUCACUCCAACUGCACUGCCUAAUGGAAUAAACCAUUCCCCCCCAACGCUGAAUGGGGCUCCAUCCCCACCCCAGAGGUUUAGCAAUGGUCCUUCCUCCUCCUCCUCCUCCUCCCUGACAAACCAGCAGCUCCCAGCCACGUGUGGUGCCCGGCAGCUCAGCAAGCUGAAGCGCUUCCUCACCACCCUGCAGCAGUUUGGCAACGACAUCUCACCGGAGAUCGGGGAGAAGGUUCGGACCCUCGUCCUGGCCUUGGUGAACUCAACGGUGACAAUCGAGGAAUUUCACUGCAAGCUGCAAGAGGCAACGAACUUCCCCCUCCGGCCAUUUGUGAUCCCCUUUCUCAAGGCCAACCUCCCCCUGCUGCAGCGGGAGCUGCUGCACUGUGCCCGCGCUGCCAAGCAGACACCCUCGCAGUACCUGGCACAGCACGAACACAUCCUGCUCAACACCAACACCACGUCCCCUGCUGACUCCUCUGAGCUGCUCAUCGAGGUGAAUGGCAAUGGGAAGAGGCACAGUCCAGACAGAAGGGACGACAGCAGCUUUGAGAGGGAGUCGCUGCCGACAGAACCUCCAGCCAAGAGGGUGUGCACCAUCAGCCCUGCGCCCCGGCACAGCCCUGCCCUCACCAUCCCCCUGAUGAACCCCAGUGGGCAGUUCCACCCCACCCCACCGCCCCUCCAGCACUACACCUUGGAAGAUAUUGCCACCUCCCACCUCUACAGGGACCCCAGCAAGAUGUUGGAGCACAGAGAGAUUCGGGACAGGCAUGGUGGCCUUGGUUUGAACGGAGGGUACCAGGACGAGCUGGUGGAUCAUCGCUUAACGGAGAGGGAGUGGGCUGAUGAGUGGAAGCAUCUCGAUCACGCACUGAACUGCAUCAUGGAGAUGGUGGAGAAGACUCGCCGGUCCAUGGCUGUGCUGCGGCGCUGCCAGGAGGCUGAUCGAGAGGAGCUCAACUACUGGAAGCGGCGAUGCAGCGAGGCCGAGCCGCGCAAGGCAGGGGAGCUGCUCUCCCGCCAGCACAGCCCCAGCAGCUCCGACUCCGUGGGCAGCGAUUCCCUGCGGGAGUUCAGCAGCAGGUCAGGAACAGGCUACGUCACCGAGGAGAUUUGGAAAAAAGCUGAAGAAGCUGUGAACGAGGUGAAGCGCCAGGCCAUGUCAGAGGUGCAGAAGGCAGUGGCAGAGGCGGAGCAGAAGGCGUUUGAGAUGAUCGCGUCCGAGAGGGCGCGCAUGGAGCAAACCAUCGCCGACGCCAAGCGCCAGGCCACCGAGGAUGCCUUCCUAGUCAUAAACGAACAGGAGGAGUCCACGGAGAGCUGCUGGAACUGCGGUCGCAAAGCCAGCGAGACCUGCAGCGGC